CGCGCCGGGUGCCCGACUGGACAAUCGCCAUCUUAGAUCAUCACGCCCGCGUCUUUGGUCAGGCCGGAUCCCUCGAAAUCGAUACGCUCUACCACGCAGAAAUCUACAGUGGUGCCGCCAGACCUCAGGAGGCGUUCUAACGAGACCGCGCACUCAUCAGCCCCGAAAAGCCGCCGCUCGAACAAGGACCCCCUGUCGCCCGGGAUAUACGCCUGACCAUGCCAGUGAGCAUGCGCCUACUGAGCGAUCGUGACUCCGAGACCACAAGCUUCGUCCUCGUGGUCAUCACGCCCGCGCCCAUGGUAAGGCUGACUCCCGCAUCAUCGAGGCACCCUACCAUGGAGGAAUCUACAAUGGUGUCGCCAAACCGCAAGAGACGUUCUAACGAGGCCGCGCAGUCGUCAGCCACGAAACGUCGCCAAUCUAAAAAAGACCCUCCGUCGCCCGGGGUACGGGUGAACGUGGCAGUGCGUGUGCGCCUACUGAGCGUUCGUGACUUUCAGACCGCAAGCAUCGUCCGCGUGCUGGGCGACAGGUGCCAUGCGCUCGACCCCAAGGCCGAGGCGGAGUCUUUCCAUUUUCGAGACGGGGCUAACGUCAAGCCCAAUGAAGACCAAACGUUCAUGUUUGGUCAGUUCUUUGAUGAAAGAGAAGACAAUGUGUAUGUAUGUGAGAACACCACCAGGGGCAUGCUGACGAUGCUCUUUGAAGGGUGCAAUUGCUCUGUGUUACGGUGCAUUUCGACUGGCGCAGACAAAGCUUUCGCAUUGCUGGGCUCCGAGGAAUGCCACGGAGUGGUCUCCCUCAUGGCCAGCGAGUUUUACCAGCGCGUGGACAAGCUGCGGUCAGAGGGCCAGACAUGCGACGUAGCAGUCACCUGUCUGGAAGUCUACAUCAAGGUUGUUGAAGACCUGCUUUGCCUCGACCCGGCCAAGGUCAUUGCCAUAUUGAACCUCACCACACACAAGGUAAAGGAGGCUGGCACCCUUCUCGAGCCGCUCUUGAAAGGAAAGGACCGGACGCAGCAUGCCACCGAUGCUAAUGCUGAGUCUUCAUGGUCGCACGCCAUCUUCCAGAGCUACGCCACAGUGACGGAGAAUGCGACAAGCACGAGCAAGGAAACUCGCGUCUCGAUGUGCUCUGUUGACCUUGCCGGCUCGGAGCGCGCAGCUGCGGCCAGUAGGGACCCAGAGGAUCAGGUGCGCGAGGGUACCAAGCUCAAGCUGUCGCUCCUGGCCCUCGGCAACUGCAUCGACGCCCGCCCGAAGAACGGGACUCAGCAAGUGCCGUACCAGGACCCCAAGCUGACGCACAUUCUCAAGGACUCGCUGGGUGGCUCGGCAACCGUGCCCAUCGACAAGUACAAGCACAAGGUCGAAGGCCUUCAGCGUAAGCUCUUGAAGGUGAAAUUGAGGAAGGCUGUAGUUGAAGAUGAGAUCGUCACGGCCGCGUCUUUGGUCAGGCUGGAUCCCUCAACAUCGAUACACUCUACCACGCACGAAUCUGCAGUGUUGCCGCCAGACCUCAGGAGGCGUUCUAACGAGACCGCGCACUCGUCGGCCCCAAAACGCCGCCCAUCAAACAAGGACCUGCUUUCGCCCGGGGUACACCUGACCAUGUCAGUGCGCAUGCGCCUACUGAGCUAUCGUGACUCCGCGACCGACAGCAUCGUCCUCGUGGACAUGACGCCCGCGCCCACGGUAAGGCCGACUCCCGCAACAUCGAGGCACCCUACCACGAAGGAGUCUGCAAUGGUGUCACCAAACCGCAGGAGACAUUCUAGCGAGGCCACGCAGUCGCCAGCCACGAAACGUCGCCAAUCGAGGAAAGACCCGCCGUCGCCCGGGGUACGGGUGAACGUGGCAGUGCGUGUGCGCCUACUGAGCCUUCGUGACCUUGAGACCCCAAGCAUCGUCCGUGUGCUGGACUACAGGUGUCAUGCGUUCUACCCCAAGACCGAGGCGGAGUCUUUCCAUCUUCGAGAUGGGGCUGACACCACGCCCAAUGAAUACCAAACGUUCAUGUUUGAUCAUUUCUUGGAUGAAACAAACGACAAUGUUUAUGUGUGUGACAACACCACCAGGGGCAUGCUGACGAUGCUCCUUGAAGGGUGCAAUUGCUCUGUGUUUGCGUGCGUUUCUGCGGGCACCGACAAAGCUUUCGCAUUGCUGGGCUCCGAGGAAUGCCCCGGAGUGGUCUCCCCCAUGUCCAGCGAGUUGUACCAUCGCGCGCCCAAGCUGCAGUCCGAGGGCCAGACAUGCGACGUAGCAGUCGCCUAUCUAGAAGUCUACAACGAGGUUGUUCGCGACCUGCUGUGCCUCGACCCGUCCAAGAGCAUUGGCCUAUUGUACCUCACCCUACACAAGGUGAAGGAGACCGGUACCCUCCUCGAGCCGCUCUUGAAUGGAAAGAACCGGACGCAGCAUGCCACCGACGCUAAUGCUGAGUCAGCGUGGUCGCACGCCAUCUUCCAGAGCUACGUCACAGUGACGGAGAAUGCGACAAGCACGAGCAAGGAAACUCGCGUCUCGAUGUGCUCUGUUGACCUUGCCGGCUCGGAGCGCGCAGCUGCGGCCAGUAGACACACAAAGGAUCAGAUGCGUGAGUGUACCAAGCUCAACCUGUCUCUCCUGGCCCUCGGCAACUGCAUCGAUCCCCACUCGAAGAACGGGAGUCAGCAGGUGCCGUUACAGGACUCCAAGCUCACCCACAUCCUGAAGGACUCUCUGGGUGCCUCGGGUAACGCCCUUGUGAUUGGGACAGCGACGGCGUUGAAGCUCAGCUGCACGCGAACGUACAACACCACGAGCUGAGCGGGCCAUGAAGAUUGAGCUACAGGCCAAAAAGAAUGUCCCCAAUGUGAACAUUCGUAUGUCCAUCCAUCUUAAGCGCGCUCAUCAAGGAGUACAAGCAGAAGGUGGAAGGCCUUGAGCGUAAGCUCUAGAAGCUGGAUAUGGGGCAGGCUGUAGUUGAGGCUGUGGUGAGAGAGCUCAGAGACCAUCCGGUAGCCUAGACGCCCUGCUGCAAGCUUAGGCGACCAGCGGCGGUGACAGUGGUACAGCGACGUCUAACGACGUCCUUUUCACAACUCCCGUCCUGUCGCCCAGCUCGGAGAUGGGGCCCACUCUUGGAAUCGCGAGCACUCGAGCCUAGUUCGUGCUGUGUCGCAUAGUGAUAUGCGUUGAAGAACAGUCAUGCAUGUGAAAGAGCAUCCUCUCGAGCCGCUCGGGACUUAUUGGGGGAGACUCUGUGCGCCUCUAGACUAGUAUCUGAUAG